AUGACCAAUCUGCAUGCUGCAGAGCUGCAGGUCAAAAUCCAGCAGUUUGAAGCUGCCAACAAGCUGUUACAGGAAAAGCUAAAUGAAUUGAAUUUUGAAUUAAAAUCUGCCCAAGAAACAUCGCAGAGGCAAGAUCGUACAAUCCAGAGUCUGAAUGAGGCCCUGAAGAGCAAAGAGAGUAAGACAGAAGAGCUGUACCGUAUCAUCGAAGGCCAGAAUGAGACAAUGGCCAAGCUGCGGGACAUGUUACACAGAAGCCAUCUGGGACAGUUGCAGGUGUCAGAGAGCCCGCUGUCAUCCCAGGAGCAGCAAAUGUCACUGCUAGAUCUUCAGAACACGCUUUUCUGCACCAAGCUGGAGGUGCAGAAACUGAAAAGAGCUCAGCGCCAGAAAGAGCAUCAACUGGCCGAAGCCAGGAGAGCAACCCAGCUCCUAGAGACCAUGAUGCACGAGGAAGAGCAGCAGAAAGAGGCAACCUGGAAACACAACCAGGAGCUGCGUGCUGUGGUACAGCAGCUGCAGGCAGAGCUGCAGGACAGGGCUCAGCAGCUCCAGACUGUGGAGUGGGAGAAAUGCCGUGAGCUGCAGGCCCAGGAGCAAAGAGUUCAGUGUUUGAGUCAGCAUCUCGCUCGCAAGGAACAGCUUCUGCAGGAAUCGAGGGAGCUUCUGCGAUGUCAGCAAAGCUUGGAGAAGAGCCCUGCAGCCAUGAAUGCCAUGUUGGAGAAGCUGCAGCAGCGAGUCAGUGACAGGGAUGCUGCUCUGGAGCGAGCAGUAGAUGAGAAAUUCGGUGCCCUGGAGAAGAAGGAGCAAGAACUGCACCAGCUCCGUCUCUCAAUAAGGGAGCGUGGAAGUGACCUGGAGAGACUGCGCGAUGUCCUGUCCAGCAAUGAGACCACGAUUCAUAGCCUGGAGAGCCUCCUGAAAGCUAAAACCCUGGAACUAGAGCAGGUCUCAGCAACCUGCCAAAACCUCCGUUGGCUCAAGGAGGAGAUUGAGGCCAAAUCCUGCAGCAGGCAGAAGGAGCAGGAGGGGAUCAUCCAGCAGCUGCAGACCUGUCUGCAUGACAGGAACAAGGAAGUGGAGGAGCUAACAGCAACUCUGCUGUGCAAGCUGGGCCCAGGACAGAGUGAGGUAGCAGAGGAGCUGUGCUUGCGCCUCCAGCACAAGGAGAAAAUGCUGCAGGAUCUCCUCAGCGACAGGAACCGUCAGACCAUGGAGCAUGAUGCUGAAAUCCGGGAGCUGCUGCAGGCCAUGAGCACCAAGGAGCAGCAGAGCAGAGUGGCUGCUGAGAAGAUGGCACACGCUUUGGCUGAAAGGAGCUGCGAGUUACAACUCCUGCGGCAGCAUGUGUUGGGGAAGGAGCCUGUCGGGACCCAGUCGGCUAGUGGCUGGCUGUUGAAGCAGGACAAACAGGCCACACAAGAAAUAGUGCAAAGAGCUUGUGGAGCCACAGCCAUUGCCGGACCCUCACAAGGGGACAGCGGCUGCAGGACAGAGGGAGUUACGAUGUCAGCAGCGGAACUGGAGAAGGAUCUUGUUGAUGCCAAAGAGGAGCUGGAGCUAAUGGCAAAGAAAGAAAGGGAAAGCAGGCGGGAGCUCACUGCUCUCCAGUCUGUCGUGGCCGCGCAGGAGGAAGAGCUGCAGGUGCAGGCCUCGGAUAUAGAGUCCUUGACCAGGACCAUCCAGAUCAAGGAUGACCUCAUCAAGGAUCUGCAAAUGCAGCUGGUGGAUCCCGAAGAAAUUCCAGCCGUGGAAAGGCUGACACAAGAAGUGCUGGCGCUUCGGGAGAAAGCGGCCGUAGAGGAGUCACGAGGACAGGAGGCUACUGGAAACAGAAGGCAGCAGUUGUUACUGAUGCUGGAAGGGCUGGUGGCUGAAAGGAAUCGGUUAAACGAAGCUCUCCAGGCAGAGAGGCAGCUCUACGGCAGCCUGGUAAAGUUUCAUACGCACCCAGACAGCGCUGCGAGAGACCACGCGCUGCAGGUGGAGCUGGAGGGGGUCCACGAGCUCCGGGGACAGCUGGAAGAAGCUCUUGGAAGAAGCUUGGAGCGUUUGAGCAGGCUGGAGACGCAGGGCACCAUAGGAGGUCAGGCCACAGGCACAGAUGCUGAUGAUGCCAGCACCAACUUCACCAACAGCGUCAAGGAGGAGGCAGCCCACGGCGUGGCAACCCGGCACAUCAGCCCCCAGGCCCCUACGGAAAGUGGGGGUACUGAGAGGACUCUCGUGGGGACCUCGGCACCUGCCGUGCCAGAGCGGGAGCUGCAGGCAGAAAAGGAGCUGCGGGAGCUGAAGGCGCAGCUGGAGGAAGCCGGCUUCUCCUCUGUCUCCCACAUCAGGAAGGCGAUGCUGAGCCUGUGCCUGGAGAAUGCAGAGCUGAAGGAGCGGAUGGGCGAAGCCACAUUGCUGCUGGAGAACGGGGAGCAGGAGGAGGUUGGGCUAGACAGCCCCCUGGUCCCUGAGCCCCGCAGGCUGCAGAGGAAGAACCGCAGUGCCCUCGGGGACUGCCCAGCUGGCAGCAGCGGGCAUGGCCAGGGGGUCCCGGCAGAGAGCGGAGCUGUGCCUGCCAAACGCCCAGCGCUGGAGGCACGAUCCCAGGAUGACAUGCCUAAGAGACCCUGCCCUGGCACCCCAGGUGGAGGGAAUGGGAGCUAUGUGGAGGGCACAGUCCCUGGAAGGUCCUGGCCUGGUAUGGGUACAGAGCUGCACUCACAGGUGGUGCAGGGCCAAAGGCAGUGCCAGGAGCUGCAGGACAAGCUCACCGCCUCGGAGGCCACGGUGCGGGCACAAGCUGAGCAGCUGGAGAAGUACCAUGUCCUGCUCCCAGGUGAACCCCAUGCCCAGCAGCUCAGCAAGCAAGUGCAGGUGGAUUUCCAGGACCUGGGCUAUGAGACGUGUGGGCGAAGUGAGACUGAGGCUGACCGGGACGAGACCACCAGCCCUGAGUGUGAGGAGCCAGAUGUAUUCAGCGAGCCCAGCACGGGCGAGGAGCUGGGGUCCCCAUGCCGGCCCAGGGUGGGCAAGGCUGCCCAGAAAGCCAUAGCCCCAGCAGACGUGGGGGCCCUGCACCAGCACAUCCAGGACCUCAAGGCACAGCUGCUCAAUGCCAACAAGGUGAUCCAGAGCCUGCAGCGCCGUGCCCGCUCCGUCUCCGUCACCACCCUGCGGGCACACCGUGACCUGCAGCACCUGGUGCACCGCGUCGCCCUCCUCGAGGCACAGCUGCCCGCAGCCAAGCCCGGAGGCGUUUUGCCCAAGGAGCUGCAAUCCGCCACUUGGCCAGGGAAGUACGACUCACUGAUCCAAGCACAGGCUCGGGAGCUCUCCCACCUGCGGCAGACACUGCGGGAGGGACGUGGGGUGAGCUGCAGCCUGGCCCAGCACCUGCGUGAUGCCCUGCGGUCCUUUGAGGACCUCCUUCGUGGCACCGACAUCGACUAUUACCUGGGUCAGGGCUUCCGGGAGCAGCUGGCCCAGGGCAGGCAGCUGGCUGAGAGGCUCAGUGACAAGCUGGGCACCAGAGAUCGACAAGAUGGGGAGGAUAAAACCAGCCAUGAACUCCUGGCACUGAGGCUCAGCCGGGAGCUCCAGGAGAAGGAGAAGGUGAUUGAGAGCCUGGAGGCGAAGCUGCAGGAGCGCUGCGAGUCCCCAGGCAGCAGCCGACCACCCUCUGAGUUGUCCCGCUCUGCCACCAGCUCCUCCUUCUUGUCCGAGGGGCUGGAGCCCUGCUCCGAUGGGGAUCGCAGCCAGUGCCGCCUUCACUUUGACUCCUUGUCCAAACCUGUUAGUGCCCCCCUGCCUGUGCUGGCCCCUGGGCAGCCCCCCUUCCUGCCUGCCGGGCCCCCCCCUCCUGCAGCCGCCCCGCUCUUGGGCUGCUGCGGGACCCCCGUCUGCUCCCUGGCUGAGGCGCAGCAGGAACUGCAGGUGCUCCGGAGGCAGCUGGGAGAAAGUGUGACGCUGCCCAUGGCGCCAGCAAAGCCCACAGCCCCACUGGGCCCCUUCGGAGAGGGAAGCAAAGCCCCAGCUUCGCGCUGCCGACACGGUGCACUGCAGAGCAUGGCUGAGGUCCCCGGGACCACCGAGACCCGCACCCUCUGGAAUAUACCCCCUCCUGGCCAGCCACUUUACGGGACCUUGCCAUCGGGGUACCCCUCCAGCCAGAAGCUAACAGGGGCUGACCUGCUGGAGGAACACUUGGUGGAGAUCCGCAGCCUGCGCCAGCGCCUCGAGGAGUCCAUUUGCACCAACGACCGGCUCCGGGAGCAGCUCGAACGCCGCCUGGCCUCCACCGGCAAGGCCAGCGGAUUACCCAGUGACAUCUACGCCCAGAUGCCGGAGCCGGGGCUGCAGCUGAGCGGGGAGAACCAGGCUCUGCGGGAGGACAACCGGACCCUGCGGCUCCAGCGUGACCACCUCUCCCAAGGUAGGUCCCCAGAGCUGGCGCGGGUGCAGGAGGCGCUCCUGGCUGCCUGCUCCCGG